AAAAAAAAAAACCGUAGUUCUCCUUGCCCUUACUAGGCUAAAAACCAAAAAAGAAAGAGCAAAAAAAUUAAUUAAGAAAGUCCUGUCUUAGGACAAAGUUUUUAAUUUCAUUUUAGCUCUCUUAUGCAACCAUUUAGUUUGAUUGAUGAUCCCUGAGCUUAAUUCCUUUCUUUAUUACAUACAUACCCUUUUGUUCAGACAAAGUAAAAGCAAGCGAGCCACUGUCUUCUUUGCAGAUCAGAGCUUUAAAGACAACAUGGAUACUUUCUGAUAGCUCUUCUUCCAGAAGAUCUUCCUCUUUCUUCUUUCAUUUCCUUCUUUUUUUUUCUUCUGUUUUUUUUAUAUGUCCUCAUGCUUUGUUUUGUAGCUUCCUUCUUAAAUGAGUCUGAGUAGUUGUGAAGUAAGCAAAAAAUCUUUUCUCUGAAACACCCCAUAUCUCUGCCUUCCUUUUACGUAUUUCCCUUAUUUUUGCUAUCUCUGGUCCAUCUUUUUUUUCCUUCUUUCUCAUGGAUUCUGGUAACAGUGGUAGUAUGCAAUCUUCGAGUGGUGGCAGUGAUGAGUAUGAUUCACGUGCUGACUCAUUCUUAGCUUUUUUGAACAAUAACCCAUCGAGCCAUGUUGGUCAUGGUCACUUGGGUAACCAACCACCGCCGCCGCAACAGCAACACCAGAGCCACUCUUCAUCGGUUAUGUUUGACCCUUUAUCAAACUACUUCGAUCAUCCUUUAUCAAGGUCACCGCAACUUACAACAAACCCCAAUUCACUCCUCAAUCUCGAUGCGGUUUGGUCCAAACAUCUAAGAUCUGAGCCCAAUUGCACUGAUCUUGGUGGGUUUAUAGCCUCAUCACAGUUGUUGAUCAACCAACAAGCACAAAGCAGAGCCACUUUUCAUUCUAUGCAGAUCCCUCAAGGACCACAAACCGCUACAAAAGGUUCAGUUUCAGCCACAAGUGACCAACCCAACAGCAACAAUAUGGUGCGUAACCCAAAGAAGAGAUCCAGAGCUUCAAGGCGUGCACCAACAACCGUUUUGACAACAGACACCACCAAUUUCCGAGCCAUGGUACAGGAAUUCACCGGGAUCCCUGCACCACCCUUUACAUCCUCACCUUUCCAAAGAACCAGGCUUGAUUUAUUUGGUACACCUUCCACCAUGAGAUCGAGCCAUUUAGACCCUUCAUCUCCGCAUUAUCUUUUGAGACCAUUUGUCCAAAAAUUCCAACCUCCCCCAUUUGUUUCUUCUUCUACAGCUUCCUCAUUUCCCAGCUCCUCAGUUAUUGAUGCUAUAGCUUCUACUGAUCCUAGUAGCACUAACAUCACUUCCGCUUCUGCUAGUAACAACAAUACUACUUCUAGUUCAACUUCCAUUAACUACCAACUACCAUCAGAGAUAGGUCCUUUAAAGCAGCCUCAAAAUCUCCUCAACGUAAACAUGCAAAACCCAAUUCUUAACUUCCAAUCUCUACUUCAAGCGCCUCCAAAAUACCCACUUCCUGAUUCAACCGUUCUCGGAACAAAGCCACAAGGGUCCUUAGAUAUUCCAUCAAAUGACUCUCCUCUCAAAAUGGGUGUUUUAGAAGAGUUUGGUUUGAGCCAGGGCCGUGUCAAUGCCAACCUCAGCGGGCUCCAAAACAUGGUAUCGUCAGAUGGGGCGUUGCCAAGAAAUGAUGAAAAUAGUGCUAAUCCUCAAAAGUGGGGAGAAGGAACAGGAUCUCAAGAACAUGAUCAAAUUCUCCUAAGGUCCAUCAAUGGCAGCUACAACAGUAACUCCCAGAGGGUCUCAAAUGGGAAAGUAAACAACUUCUCGGCUUCUUCAUCGGAUUUUCAUGGCAAUAAAGGGCAACAAAUUGUGGCUGCUAGAAGCGAAGGUAUGGUGGAAUCAUGGAUAUGUUCCUCAGAUUAGGAGUAUCUAAAUAUUAUAAAAGAAAAACAAGAAAAAAAAAGGGUUUCAAAUAUGAGAAAAUCUCAACAAGGAAUAUCAAGGAAAUGAUGGUCAGUAUAUCACCAUGAUGCAUGAAAGAGAUGAAAUCUUUCUUCUUCCCUCCCGUAUUAACCACAAAUUUCAAUAUAAUUAAAAACACUGGUUUUUUUUCUUUUUGACUUUUCUGUUUUUUUUUUUUUACCCCACUCCUUUUAAUAUAAUUAUAUGUAAAUAAUAGUAGCCUCUCGAUAUCACAUUUUCUCGUAGUAUUGUAGCGUUCAUCAUCAUACAUACACGACCAUGGCCUUUUUCAACGCAGCCGUCUCAAUAGUACAAAAAAAAAAUGGUAGUAGUUGUUAAAUAUUGAGUGUUCUUCUCUUUUCUUUGUAGAAAUUUCAUUUUUGUUUUUUUGCUUUUGUUUUUUUUUCUAAUUUUUUAAUCUGGGUUUUGACUAUUGUAAGGAUCAGAUUGUGAAUGUAAAAUCAGAUAGCGGAAACCCUGAAAAUUUGUGUUCUUUUCUCGUCCUAUACAGCUUUUUCGGCUGUCUCAAACAAGAAUUUGCAACAAAGAGGAAAAAAAACCUAAUAAUUUCCUGUAAGAAAUUGCAACUGGCCUGGGGUUUGUCCGGUUUCUUUGCAUCGUUGAUUACCUAAAAAAAAAAGAGAGAAGAAGAAAAUUGUUUUUUAAUUUUAUUAUUUUAAAAUUUUUGUAUGAUGCCUAGGAGUGAUUGGUGGCGAGAUUUGGGGAAUCGUAAGCCGCCGUAAUCUUAUUUUUUAAACAGACUUCGGCUGCAUUUCAGUGUCGAUUGCAAUAAUUUUUUUCGUGUGGUAUUAUGAAUUUUAUGAUUGAGUUUUUUUUUUAAUAAUUUUAUGAUCUAUUAUUUUUUACUCUUAUAUAAUGUAGAUGGAUACAUGCACAUUAUUUAUAAGUCCAUAUAAUAGAUACCCAAAUUAAAAAAAUAAUACUUAAUUUUGUAUAACAGUUUAGAAAACCUUAGCAAUUCCAAUUAUAUAUAAGUUCAUAUCUUAGGCUUUGGCUCAUUUGGCACGUAAAAUCUU